GAAAAGGACGCGCUCCGAGUUAACUCGUGGGCCGAGUUAGACAUGACUCGGACGACUUAAGAUGCCGUCUUGGUCCACGGUCUCUCUCCUAGGCGUGAAUGAGAUUUGCUCGUAGGAAGAGGAAAAAGGGGGCGAGCGGACCGCACGAAGGGGUAAACCUGAUGGUUCAAGCACAAUAUAAGGUUUACCACGUAGGGGCUCGUACCAUUCAAUAUAUGCCUGGUACCGAGCGUACUGCCUGGUACAGUGCUUGUAUCAUGGAUUCUUCCUAUUCUUUAGUAAGAAAUUUAACUUAACAUUAAACUUGAACAUCUGAAGAGAAGGACUACACUAAAGAUGAUGACCACCAGCAAUAUGGAAACAAAGUUUGAGAGCACACCAGGAAAUUCUGAUGCACAUCCUAAGAUGUUGUCAUCAUCAGUGUCACGUGAUCUUCCGGCAGAUAUUGUUGAGCUAAUCCUGAAUCGUUUGAGCUGGCCCAAAGCUUUAAGUCUUGGUCGAGUAAGCAGGACAUGGAGAGCUGCAGUACAGAAUUACAAUCCCAUGGGAGCACAGAGUCCAUGCCUCCUGCACCUUAGGCCUGGCACCGUUCGUUUAUUUAGCACAGUGGAGCAGAGGUGCUCCUUGAUUAGGCGGCCUAAGCUCAAUGGUGAGUGUUGUGGUGCCUACAAAAGCUGGUUGGUUUUGAGACAUCCAUCAUCGAACAAUAUGUCUAUAGUAAAUGUUCUAACAGGAGCAAGUAUCGAGCUUCCACCACUUCAGAUUGAAGGCGAUGUUUUUGUCACCCUGUCGUCAACUCCUACAGCCAGAUGUCUUUUGUUAGCUGAGGUGAGAAACAAAAAGGAGUCAUGUUUCCUUUCUUGCAGGACUGGAGAUGAUGAGUGGACGACACUGGAUAAUUUGUCUGAUUCAUUCCUUGUUCAGUUUUCUGCAUUAUCAGAUGGGAAGCUCUAUUUUGCAGAAGACUCAUUCCUGUUUGUUGUAGACUCGAUUCUCCGUGCAGACUCGGAACCUUCAUUGGUUGACUCUUGGCGCUUUAUGGAUGAGGGAGAACUAAGUAUGUACUUGAUUAAGUGCAAUUCUGAGGUUCUGGUGGUUUUUGCAGCACGAGAAGAUAAGAAUGGCCCCAUUAAUGAUUUCUCAGUAUUCCAGCUUGAGCAAGACACAUCAUUGGUGAACAUGAAAAACAGGAUUUACCAGCGGCUUCUUCCACAAGUGUCAUUUGUAAAGGUAGAGAGCUUGAGGGACCAUGCGAUCUUCUUGGGAAAUAUACAGUCUCUAUGUUUUCCAGUGGAAAAUACUGGGUGCAGAGAGAACUGCAUUUAUUUCACCCAACCUGGUGAUGAAACUGCUUGGCAUGUUUUUGAUAUGGGGAACAAAAGAAUAAGUGAUGGUCCAAAUCUAGGGUUCAAGGCUUCUUUUAGAUCUCUUGUGUGGAUAGAACCAGGUGUGGUUUGAUGGUAACCUAUAUAAUAUGUUCUGGAUAGAGAAUUUAAAGUGGCUCUCGGCAGUAACUCGGUAACAUCUAGGAUUGUUUCUUUGUAUUUGCAUCUCUCUCGUCAGAUGCUUUACUGGAUCAGAACAGUUGAAUAUCCGGAACAACCUGGUAUUAGAACGAGAAGCAAGGAAUUUCUCUUUUCAGAAAUUGUUGGUACACGUAUAAUGUGAUGCUAAUAGUAAAUGUGGCAUCAGAUCUUGCAAAAAGAGUUAGCACCAACUCUCUCUUCUUUUUUUUGCAUCCAUUACUUGUGAAUCGGUGUGCCAUGCUGUCAUACCUAGCACUUCAAAAUAUGAAACCUUGUGCUUUCAACUGUAUAAUUUCCACCAUCGCAGCCACCUGGAUCAUCAUUAUGAGUUGUUGGACGCAGAUUGUGAUAUUUCUUGUUCAUUGUUGUGACGACUUCCCUGAAAGUUUGGCUCCUUCCUCUUCA